UCGCCAUUGAAAAUGACCAACACCCGUCCGGCGCGAAACAUUUCACGUGUCCGCUCCGCCGCCAUCACCAGCCAGCCAGGGACGAGCAUCCACCAGAAUCGCCGCGACCAAUCCGACCCCGCCAGCACCACCGGUCUUUGUUGAUUCGCCACCGCACCGCACCACCCCUGGUCCCGCGAUUCCCCAUUCCUCUCCCUCUCUGCUCCAACCCCCGCGAGCCACAUGGCUCCCGCCACGGCCGCCGCCGCCGCGCUCACUGGCCUCCUCCCAGCCGCAGCCUCGCGGCUCCCCUCGGCCGCCGCCUUCGUGCGGCUCCCGCAUCACUCGGCGGCCUGGGGGACGGUCUCCGUCGCCGCGCCGCGGGCGCCCGGCGUCGCCACCGCCACCGCCGCCACCGAGAAGAGCAUCUACGGCUUCACCGUCAAGGACAUUGAUGGAAAAGAUAGUCCUCUUAGCAAGUUCAAGGGAAAGGCCCUGCUGAUUGUUAAUGUUGCUUCUCAGUGUGGGCUGACAACAUCGAACUACACUGAACUAUCUCAUCUCUAUGAGAAGUACAAGACUCAAGGGUUUGAGAUUCUGGCAUUUCCAUGCAACCAAUUUGGUGCACAAGAACCUGGAUCAAAUCCACAGAUAAAGCAGUUUGCAUGUACAAGGUUUAAAGCUGAAUUCCCUAUUUUUGACAAGGUUGAUGUCAAUGGACCUAAUACAGCUCCUAUUUAUAAGUUUCUGAAGUCUAGUGCUGGAGGAUUUUUGGGUGAUUUAGUCAAGUGGAAUUUUGAGAAGUUCUUAGUGGACAAAAAUGGCAAAGUUGUGGAGAGAUAUCCGCCUACAACUUCACCAUUCCAGAUUGAGAAGGACAUCCAGAAACUCCUUGCGGCAUAAGUAUUUCCAAGUCUCUCUUGAGUAUGUGUAUAUAGGCCUCGUCUUAAAGCUAGAGUUUUACAUAAUUAUACUUUUUUCCUUAAUAUAAUUCUUUCUUAUUUUGUAUAAUAAUUCACUGAUUAUGUAUACAUGCAUAUAGAUGUAUCAUGAGACUAUAUUAGUCGUUAGACUGUCAAAUCUGGACUUUAUCUGCC